AUGGCGGGUCUUUCACUAGACCUCUCCCUCAGCCUCCUCUCCUCUGCACCUUCUUCCUCUCCAGUCGAGGCCGUCACAAACCUUCGCGAUUCUCUCUCCAGCCCGCGUAAGGCGAAGCGCCACUGCCCGUCAGAUCUUCGUGAAGCGGACCAACGCCACCAGCUUUCCAUGAGGCACGUGCCGUCGCCGGGACUGUCACUCGCCAGCAGCCUUGACGCAGAUACCGUCGCCGAGCCCGUCGCCGAGCCCGUCGCAGAUUCUGUCGCCGUGACGUCGCAGAGGGAUAACGUGAAUUCCUCCUUUCACCUUCUUGACUCGUCUCCGUCGUCGUCUCCCCCGUCUACCGGCUCCUACUCCCCCUCAUCCCGCGGUCCUUCCGCCUUCACCGCUCUCGCCUCCCUUGCGCACGCUACGCCGUCGCACUGCCUGCCGGCGCUCACUCCGUCUACUCCGCCACCGCCGUCGCACCAGCACCAUGGCUGGUUCGGCUCCGCCAACACCCCCGCAAGCUGCCCGCCAGCAAUCUGCUCCCCCGCAAACUGCCCUCCCGCAAGCAUCCCCCCCGCAAGCUGCCCUUCCGCCAUGGAAGGCGUCUCCGUGACUCGGCUAACGAUGCCGCCCUGCGCAUCCUCCGCCGCUCUUGCCGCCGCGCAUCUCGCCACGUCACACUAUCAGCAGUCAUCAGCUCCUGCGGCGUCAUCUGCGGCAGUGAAUCCCAGCGGGCAAGCGGGAGCCGCUGUGGGUCCCGUCGCGCCUUCAGCACACCCCCUUGUCGCUGGAGCCGCGCCGAUGGUGCCGACGGCGGCGCCGGUGCCAGCGGCGGCGGCGACGGCGGGUCCGAAGAAAAGGAAGAGCAUGAAGGACCGGAGGUUCCGAGGAAUUCGUGAGCGCUUGUGGGGUCGCUGGGCCGCGGAGAUUCGGGAUCCCCGAACCAAGAAGCGGAUCUGGCUCGGCAGCUUCGACACUGCCGAGGCUGCGGCCCGAGCGUACGACGCAGCCAACCUCCGGCUUCGAGGAGCCAACGCCCGAACCAAUUUUCCCCAGCCUGAGCAGCUGGCCGCCACGGAAAACAAACCUGCUGAACCGGGUCAGAGCGAGGCUCUGCCGAACGUAAAUUCCAGGCUUGAGGAGCAAAGUCCCACGGCCGGGUCGAGCUCGGAUGGUGACGGCGAGAACGUCGCGGGCGGGGAAUCGUCCGCGUUAGAAGAGGAGGCGGAUGUGGUCGCAGCUGCGGACAGCCUGUCUCUACUCGCCGCCGCGGCGCUUGCGGAAGAACCUGCGCCCGCGCCUGCGCUCGCUGCUCUGCCCGCGCCCUCGCCUGCGCCUGUGCCCGCUCCUGCUCCUGCGGCUGCAGGAGGGGCGGCGAUUGGCGCCCCGGUUGCCGUGAGCGCCACAGCCGCGGUUGCACCCUCAGUUCAAGCGGCUGUAGCGCCGGCCGCGGCAGCAGCACCUUCAGCAGCGCCAGUCGCAGCGCCAGCAGCAACGCCAGCUGCUGUGUCCCUCUCCCCGGCAGCGACGAUCGCCACUCGUCCCACCCCCAUCGCCCCGGCUCCCGUUCAGUUCUCUUCGGGGCAGCCUGGACGGUACCCGUUUGUGGCUGUCUCGCAGUGGCAGUACUACGCGCAGCGGAACCCCCAGCAGCAGUACAGCAACAACGUGCAGCAACAGCAGUACCCCCGCGCGCAGCAAUACCCCCACUCGCACUGCCCCCAGCCGUCCUACUACCAUCCGGCGCAACCAGUGAACGCUCGCUCCGCGCCUCACCCGCAGCAGCAGGCUGUAGCGGGAGCGCAGCCGGCGCUAGCCGUCCCAGCGACUUCCCCCUUCCCUACCUUCCCCGGGUCCUGGGGACAUCCCAGCCAUCCCAGCUCAUCCGCGCAGUACCAGCAGAACCUGGCCCCGCUGUCCGCAUCCGCCUCCGCGCAACACGUGUCCCUCUCCGCGCCCGCGUCCGCCGCGCUGGCUGCUGCUGCGGCUGUGCCUUCGCACCGGUCCCAGGUGGCAUUCCCUGUGUCGCAACAUCCUGCUCCUCCCAACACAGGUGCUCCACGCGCUGUGGUUGCACAGGCAGUAGUCACUCCGCGAACAGUCACUCCCCACACUGUCACAUCGCACAAAGCGGCGCCUCUCAUGGGGCUGCUGCAGCUGCCCAAGUCUCUCACUGGCUCGGUUCCAGCAGGCCAGCUGGCGACGCCCGUUGCGGCAGCAAAGCCUGCUGCGGCACCAGGAGCGGUUAUUGUGAGAGCAAUGGCAGGACCAGCAGCAAAGUCGACAGGAGCAGCAGCAGGAGUGGGAGCUAUGUGCACGUCUCUGGUUCCCCAGGAUCAGUCGCCCUGCACGUCUGUCCCUCCUUCGGCCUCCCUGCCGUCUCACUCCUCCAGCAGCAGUAGCUAUGCUGGAGGCUCGGGUGCGGAUCAGUGCACAGCUGCGUCUGCUGAUGGCACGGUUGCUGUUGCUGAUGCGUCCACUGCUGUGGCUGCUUCUGGAGCUGUUGGUGCUGCGCAGAGCGAGAAGAGUGGAAACAAGAAAGACGGCCGUACUCGGCUUUUCCGCGGUGUUCGCCAGCGUCCGUCUGGUAAAUGGGUGGCCGAAGCCAGGGACCCUCACUCGCGCCGUCGCAUCUGGCUAGGUAGCUUCAAUACCCCAGAGGAAGCUGCCCGGGCAUAUGAUGCCAUUUCAAGGAAGUUCAGGGGAUCUGCUGCCAAGUGCAACUUUCCUGAAGGAACUGAUGGCCCUCUCGGCCAAAUAUGGAUCGCCGCUAUGAUGCGAGGAAGCAUAAACCGGAAAAAGGCUGCACUUAUUGACAUUCGAGACAUCUGCGCCCGUAUAUUAGAGCCUGAACUUCCCCUUGCUCUGCGUCUCUCCGGGAUCCUAAUGGGUGGUGCGGUCAUUGUGUAUUCAAAGAAAGUCACGUUUCUUCUGGAGGAUGCCAAAGCUUUCAUGGCAAAGAUCAACGCGGCCCUGGUUGUGAAGCGCGAUGACAAAACGCUGCCGAGGGAGAAGGGCCAAGCAAGUGUUACGGUCGACUACCAGUUUGGUAGCUUCAACGUUGACGUCACUCUUGAUUCUGGCCGUGCAAUUGGAGACCAGACAAAUGAGUUCUUUGUGCUUCCUCAACCAGAAGUUGCACGUGAUGGCCGACAUGAGCACACUUUGGCGACACCUGCGGACAUUACCCUUCCGGAGUUGCAACAUGACAACGAAGGCUUCACCAGGUUUGGGGUUGAUGAUCAACCACCUAUGACAUUCCAGGACGAAGGUGCUGCUGACGCUAUGUGGCAAGACAUUUUGAAGGGGAUGAAUUCGCCGAAGCCGAGCACUCCUAAAGGUCCUCCUCCGGAGACCAUCAUUGAAGGCCAGCAAGAAGCAAGCCAACCACAAAACGUUCGGGACCAGACUACUGCACCUGAGUCGCCUGAACAAAAUGAGGCUCCAAAGCGAGCAAGGCAGCUUAAACGGAAGGCGCGCCCAAAGAAAGUUGUUAUGGACGAGGAUAGGACAGAGGUACCCCCAAUGGAAUUCAACAGAUGGCUGCAAGACACGUCAAAGAUUAUUGGAAGGGUGAAGAAGGAUCGGAAGUCGCUGUUGGAGAAAUCCACUGAAUCUCUCAUUGACCUUCCGUUGACUGGAAGUAUCACAAUGGACGGGUUUGUAGCUUCCAGAUGGUCCAGAGGAAUGCUGCGGACGUGGAACAGAUAUGUUCGGAAGGACACAUUCAGAAGCAAUCCUGAAACAGACGAGAUGCAUGCCUCGAAAAAAACUCGUGUGGAAAGUGGAAGUGACAAGGACCCUGAGAUGCCAAAUCAGGUCAUGCUUGAUGAUUUCGGAUCUGCUGAAGCUAUGAGGGAAAGAAAUGAGACGCCAGUAGUGGCAGGAAAUGGCGUAAGACGUGAUGACGUCACCCCACCUGCUCAAGGGCUUUUGGAUCUUGAACGAAUGAAGAACUCUUCGGGUGGGGUCCCACUUCCAAUGGAGGAGGAAAAUCAACCAGACUUCUAUAGAGGACACCGUCCUCAAAACAUAGCAGACUUCUUGAUGGAAGGAUCGCCACAGAUUCCGCAAAACUUGGCUGAUGAUUUAACUGCUCAAUUUCCCGGACAGAGUGCCGAGAAGUUUCCUUCCAAACAUAGCAGCAGUGGACUGCGAGGUGCACUGAGCCAGUUUGGCGUAUCCGAGCCUCUGCAAGAAACGGAUGCAACACAGACACAAUUUCCUGCAACUUCCAUUGACAAGAGGACAGCAUCCCUUGCUGGAUUUUUCCGCCAGCAAGUCUUCAGCAAUCCAGAAAUAAAAUUCGCAUCGCUGCAUGAACUUCUAGCAGACUGCAACAGGCAGCAAGCAGCCCGCAUCUUUUACCAAACAUGUGUUCUUGCAACGAUGAACUACCUCAAGGUCAAGCAAUCCACUCCCUACAGUGAUAUUGAGAUCCUUGUGGGAGGAUUUUUGUGA